GUAUUAGAAAACGUGGGAGGGAUUGAGUUUUCGGGUUUGCCUCUGCGCCUUCUGGAGACAAGUUGAAGGGAGGGUUUGUCGCGAGAGGGCGCAUCCCUCUCGGCAACCGGGAAUGAAGGUCUUUUUCCCGGCCGUUAUAUAAGGAAUUGCACCACUCGGUCAGUGGGAUGAAUAACAACCAAGACGAUAUCCCAUAGUCAUGUCAGCUUUCCGCAGGCCCAUCUACGUGAAUCCCAGCUCGUCCACGACCUCACCGGCGGGAUCCCCCGGGGCGCUGGCCUUCCACCAACAGUUCCCCGGCUAUGCGCCGAGUCCACUGGUAGCGCUGCCCGCCGUGGCCGAGGAACUGGGCGUGCGCGCUGUUUACCUUAAGCAGGAGAGCAACCGCUUCGGUCUACCCUCCUUUAAAGUCCUGGGCGCCUCCUGGGCCAUCUACCAGGCCAUCCGCUCCUUUGUAGAGUUACCAGAGGGCACACCACUUGACACCUUGAUCGAGCGGGUGCGCGCCCAGCCCGCCCCUAUUACCCUUCUUGCGGCCACUGAGGGCAACCAUGGCCGUGCAGUGGCCCGCGUCGCCCAGCAGAUGUCGCUCCAAUGCCGCAUCUACGUUCCGUGCACGAUGCACACCUAUACCCAGGAAAAGAUCCGCUCCGAGGGAGCCGAAGUGGUGGUGGUGGAUGGGGACUACGACCACGCCGUCGAGACAGCUGCCACGGCCGCCAACCAACUGUCCCAGAGCAUCCUGGUGCAGGACACGGCGUUGGAAGGCUACGAAGAGAUUCCGGCCUGGGUGGUGGAGGGCUAUGCCACCUUGCUCCAGGAAGCCGACACCCAGCUGCACGCCCUGGGCCUGCAGAACAGUCUCGUUGUGGCUCCGGUGGGCGUGGGCUCCUUCGCCCAAGCCGUGGCCACCUACUAUAAGUCGCGCGACACGCCUGCCACCGUGGUGGCCGUGGAGCCGGAUACCGCACCUUGUCUGACUCACAGCUUGCAACAAGGCCACCCAACCUCCGUCGUCACCAGUCCCAGCAUCAUGGCCGGCAUGAACUGUGGCACCGUGUCGUCCGCCGCCUGGCUCCUACUGCAACAGCUGGUCGACGUCAGCCUCACAGUCUCGGACUGGGAGAGCCACUGCGCCGUGCAGGACCUGGCUGCCCAGUCAAUCGACGCCGGCCCCUGUGGUGCCGCUUCGCUGGCGGCCAUCCGUCGGCUCAAGGCGGAGGCUACAUCUCCCUCGGCCUUCUUUUCGCCGGAUUCUGUCAUUCUGCUGCUCAGCACCGAGGGCUCUCGCCCCUAUGAGGUGCCAAUGGAUGUCUCCAUGGAUGAGCCGGUGGCACUGACGCAGUUGCUCACGCGGAUCAACUCCUCCAAUCCCACUCUGUCCAAGACGCAGGGUGCCGGGGAAUCGGGCAUCACCAACUACCUCUGUGCCUGGUUCGCUCAUCGUGCCAUCGAGCACCACCGCAUCGAGACGGCCCCCGGACGGCCUUCUGUGGUGGGCAUCGUCCGUGGCACCGGCGGCGGAGCGUCGGUUAUGCUGAACGGACAUGUCGACACAGUCAGUUUGACCACCUAUGACGGCGAUGCGCUCACAGGACAUCUGGGGGUAAAGGAUGGGAAGGAGGCCGUGUUUGGCCGCGGCACGUUGGAUAUGAAGGGCGGUCUGGCAGCCGGGCUCUCGGCCCUUCUCGUGGCCCGGGAGCAGCGACUGGCCGGGGAUGUAAUGGUAGCAGCAGUAGCAGACGAGGAGGAUGCUUCGCAGGGCACCCAGGACGUGAUUGCAGCUGGCUGGCGGGCUGAUGCGGGGAUAGUCCUCGAGCCGACUAACAUGGCCAUCGCGCACGCGCACAAGGGCUUUGUGUGGGUAGAAGUGGAGAUUCUAGGCCGAGCGGCCCACGGCUCCCAGCCGGCGGAUGGGGUGGACGCCAUCUUGAAUAUGGGCCACCUGCUCCAGGCAUUGCGCGAGUACCAGGCACAACUGCCGGUUGACCCGGUGCUGGGACCGGGGUCAUUGCACUGUGGAGUCAUCCAGGGCGGAGAGGAAGUGUCCUCGUAUCCCGCCAGCUGCACACUGACUCUGGAGUACCGUACUGUGCCGGUGCAGACCAACGAGAAGAUUCUGGCCGAGCUGGGUGCCAUCUUACAGCGACUGAGUCAAGAGCAUCCCGACUUCCAGUACCGAGAGCCGCGCACCACGCUCUGGCGCCCUAGCCAGCAUGUUCCCAAGGAUCAUCCUGUGGUGCAGCAAUUGGUCCAGUUGGGUGCGGGUGUUCUCGAGAAACCUCCCCCAGUCCAAAGUGCUCCGUUCUGGUGCGAUGCUGCAUUGCUCACCGAGGCAGGGACCCCGAGUGUGGUGUUUGGCCCAUCGGGGGCAGGCUUGCACUCGCGCGAAGAAUGGGUGGAGGUGGAUAAUGCUGUCCCAGGCUUGGUAAACGCGGAGGCGCUCUCAUUUCUGUCUCCUUCUUACUCGCAGAAUGAUUGCGGCUCGCUGGACAUGCUUUCCCCCGAUAACUUCGGGACCUCGCAGCCGGAUCCAACUGACGACACGACGAUCAUCCCCCCGCCCGAUGACUAUGUCAAUGUCUCCCAGUGGCUCGCUGGCGCCUAUCGGCCUCCUGUCCCCUGCACCUACUGUCAACAACACCGACUGCAGUGCCUUGUCAUUCGCACCACCCCGGCCAAUCCGAACCACGUCACCGCCUGUUCCAGUUGCGUCGCGCUCUUCCGCGAAUGUAGCCUCGCCCGUGGCGAGAAGCGUCACCCUGCAGGCUUCGAGACCGUUUCCCCCGUGUUCAAUCAUCUACAUGGCGUAACCGAGUGGACCGAGGAGGAGCUGUUCCCCACUCCGCACGCAUUUCCAGUGUCGGCCUCAUCAAAUGACCAGGUGCAAUCAGCGCAUGGCCAGGAAAGAACAGAAGAGGACGUACAGCAGAAGCCGCGGUUCUCUCGAAAAGGAGCCAAGAUAUUGCGGGAUUGGCUGUAUCGCAAUCAACACGCUCCGUAUCCCACAGACGAACAGAAAGCUGCAUUUGCCCAGCAGACCGGCCUCACUGAGAAGCAGAUAUCUACUUGGUUCGCCAAUGCCCGGCGGCGCCACCGGAUGGUCCACCGCACCUCCCGACCGAGUCAGAUCUUCCGGAGUGGCUCCCCAAUGCCCAUCGCUCGGUCGGCGGCCUUGACUCCAAUGGAACGCUGGCAGCGAUCCCCGCCGGACCAAGAGCCUGUAUCCGAGUCGGUUAUUCAGCAAGCUAUUGCCGCUGCCGACACGGAUGCUCCCUGGAAUCACCCCAGCACCUCUGGCAAUGCAAGUCCCAGCUCUCACCAUUUCGCAUCCUCCAUCUCGAGCAUCGAUAGCGAAACGUCGCUGGCUUCGUCUGAGAGUUUCUCAUCCGCCUGGAGUCAUCAGUCCGAGAGCUAUGUGCCGUUCCCACUGUCGGAUGGGCGGCCGCGAUCCCAGUCCCGUCGCAGACGGCCCAGACGCCAGUCGGCAGCGGCGAGCCCAUACCAGUGUACCUUCUGUGUGGACGGUUUCAAGAAAAAGCAUGAUUGGGUCCGUCAUGAAAAGAGCGUACACCUGUCGUUGGAGUCGUGGAUAUGUAGCGUGGGAUCGGGCGUUCUGGAUCUGGCCGGCUCGGAGGUAUUACGAUGCGAUUUCUGCGAUUACUCUCCACUUACUGAAUCACAUUUCUCGACCCAUGAGUUCGAUGUGUGCGCGGAUCGUCCGCUAUCGGAACGUUCCUUCCGACGCAAAGACCACUUGAUCCAGCACUUUCGCAAAUUUCAUCACUGCACGACGGUCCCCGCCCUACGCGUUGAGGCCUGUCGCGUUGUCACGAACGAUGUGCAAAGCCGGUGUGGAUUUUGCCAAGUAGUCUUGUCGACGUGGGCAGCACGCGCAGAUCAUCUGGCGGAGCACUUCAAGAACGGACGGCGCAUGGCGGACUGGUCGGGGGACUGGGGGCUGGACCCCUUGUACCAGGCCAUGUUGCGAGAUGCCGUCCUACCCAAGGAUCGGUCCGUAUAUUCCGAAGGGGGUUCCUGA